AUGAAGCAGGCGGGCAGUGAAAGCGAGCUGUGCCACGCAGACAGCCUGGGCUCAGCAGGCAGCAGCAGCACGUUGGCCUCCUCCGUCAUAGAGGUGGAGUCCGAGCGGGACGGCGCCAGUUUGAAGCCUCAGCUACGACCGAACAAGGAGGAGGAGGAGAAGGAGGAGGAAGAGGAGCUGACCCCCUUCAGUCCUCCUCCCACUCUGUCCAUCACAGAGGAGAUCCUGGAGUUCAUCAACCAGAGUAGAGCCAGAGAGGGGCUCGCUGCCAUCCACACUGACUUGACGAUCCAGGAUCAGCCCAAAGAGCCUCCAUCUAACCAGACCAACUUCACCUGCCCGCUGCCUCCAGUCACCUCCAGCCAAGAACAAACACCCACAAUGCCACAGGAACAGGAAAGAGCAGAGAUUGAGGAUGACAUCGUCCAAAGUCAGACAGGAGAAAAUGAGACAACAGAAAGUGAAGUCCAAGAAAUUCAAGUUGCAGAAAGUCAGGUGGAAAAGGGAGUGGAAGUGCUUGGAGAAGUACAAGAAAAUGAUAAAGAGAAGACGAAAACGAGUGAAAACGAGGAUAGACACAAGAUCAUGCCACCCCAAACACUAGACCUUCAUCGAUUCAUCUCAGAAGAGGAAGAAAGCAAAAACAAAGUCAUACCGAUAGAAGAAGAAAAGCCAGAGUCCACAACUUCCUCCUCAAAUCUAGGAGCCUCUAAUCAGCCCAACAAGAGAUACCAUCCACCUACGAGAGGUUCCCACCUCACCAAGAGAGAUAAGAAGAUCAUUGAAAAGAUAAGAAGUUACUAUGAGGCAGCAGCUGAGGCUGAAGAGGGCGAGGAAGAGGAUGAAGAGCUUGCUGAAGAAGUAGGGUCAAAAAGGAGAAACAGUUUCUCACAAAUUCCCUCUGGCUUGGUAAAGGAGACCAUGUCACGCUUUGAUGUCGGUGGUCACCAGUGGGAGUCAGAAAGUGGACUGUCCAAGUUCGAAGAACCAGAAAGACAUACUGAUAGGGAGCACCUUUCUUCCUCUGGUCCAGUUUCUUCCCCAUUUCCAGUACUAGCAGAUGCAAAGAGCGAUGGACAGGCUGAUAAACCAUUGAGCUCUUUGGAGUUUCAAGGAGAGGACCGAGUCAAGUCUUCAUCCUCUUCUGCGAGUCACGACGAAGAGACUCCAAAUCUGGUAAAUUUGCACUCAAACCAAAUCAGACCUAUUGGAGAAGAAACAAAGAUUCAGGAUCAAAAUGAGAAUGUCUGCAAAGGAUCGUUGGUGGAAAGACGGGAGGAGAAGAUGGAAGGAGAGUCCAGAGAUCAAACAACCAUACCUGGUGCUGGAAACCAAGCUAUUGCAAAUGGGCAUGAAGCUAACCCACCAGGCUCAACAGAAGCUAAUGGAAGCCACGAAGAAACCUCUACACCUGUGAAUACGUGCCAAAAACCUGAGACAAAAACCCAGAACAUCUGGACCAGAACCGGAAACAGAGACCAAGCAAAGGCCAUUGGGAACCUCGAGGACCUUCCCAGUCAGAUAAAAGUGGGUCGAUGGUCUCGCCACUCCAGGAUUGUCACUGCUAACCGAGCCCUGUUUGAGACCAUGGGAUCGGAUGUGGCUGGCAUCGGGUUAUUUGAAGCGAACCCUGUGGUAGACCCUGUGCUGAUAGAAAACUCAGAGCGUAUUCUAAGCAAGGUCCAAACACUGGCUCGAAUGUACAGUGCCAAAGCCAGCACCAUGAAGGUCCCCCUGCAUCAAAAACGCUCCGGUAGUGGACGGAACCAAUCGGUGGUUUCUGCUAGACUGUCUGGACCCUCAAGCCCGAGCCAAAGUAGAAGUCAGAUACAGGCUGAAGCUCCAGUUACAGCUGAGUACCAAAAACAACAUGAAACAGAAACCGGUCAGUCAGAGUCGAGAUGUGCAACCCAAACUUACUCCAUGGUCAAAGUUCAAACCCAAAACAUAACACAAAGGCAGCAAUGUCAGAUUCAAACUAAAGACCAGAACCAGAUUCAAACCAUGAGCUGGAAGACCAAAGAGAUCCAGGAAGAGAGGACAAUACAGACAGCAGAGAGCCUCACACAAGAUUUCCAGGAGGCUGCGAUGGAGCCAGUUGAGCCUCAGUUGUUUGGUCAUGUGUUCGUCAAAGAACAGAUGACCACCCAGCAGACGAAUGGAUUUAGCCUCUCCAGGCCGAGAGACUUCAUCUCUGCUUUGACCAGAGAAAGAGACUCUGGUGUAGGCUGUACUCUGAGUGAAACUUCCCAGACCUCCACCACACCUCAAGAAAAUCCAGCCCCUUUGUUAAGCAACCAAUCAUCCAGUCUGACCCAGGUGAACAGCUAUGAGCACAGGUACACCUCACCUGGAGCAUCCUCAUCUUCUACAACAACCAUUCAGCAUCUCAGGACACAAGCUGAAGACUGGAGCUCCAGUUUGUGCUGCGCUGCCAGUAACAACGACUCUUCCAGAGAUGACCUCCUGAAUGAGAACAGGGAGGUGCAUCCAGAUGUGCCGGAGCAGCAGAGUGGUCGGCACCAUGCUUAUUCAGCCAGAGAGUCCGGAGAAAUCAUCACCCAACCCGCUCCCUCGGAGCCACGUCUGUGUGCUGAGCACUGCAGAAAAGUGACCAAAGAUGGAGAUAACCAAGACAAAGACAAGCAGGACGCAGCAGCCGAACAAUGUGUACAAGCUAGAGUAGAACACAGCUCCACAGAUAACAAGGAUACGCUGAGCAAAGACGUGCAUGUUUACGCAGCGCCUGAAUUCAGUGUUUGCACAGGAAAUGCAAAUGCAGACACGUCUCCAGGAAAGUGCAACAGCUCUGCAAGACCUCACCCAGGGCCGAGCAGAGAGCAGAGAGAAACAGAGGAGGGCAGCACUGUGCUGCGAAACCAGCGUCCGCAGAAGACAUCAGCGGAGGAACGCUCCAACGAUGAGAGUUCAGCUGGGCGCUUUGGUGAAUGGAAACCCUUAGGAGAGCUUCCUGUUCAGCCUUCCCAGAGUCUUCCCUUACUCACAGCCUCUGGCUCUUCACACGUAAGCUGUCGCGCACUCACAGAAACCCCAGGGCUUCACAGUUUAAGAGAAAAUGAACCAAGUCCAUCGAAUCCCACGCAGCUGCAGUCUGAAGACCAUCUCCCAACAUUCACCAGCCAAAGGCCGCUCGACCUGCUGACGACGCUGGGCAAAAGGGCUUCAUCUGAUCCCCCGAAUGUCAAUAGCAUGCCUGAAGGUGACCACAGGGACCCAAAAGAGCCAGGAUGCCCGACCAAACUUCCAAUCUUCAAGACUCAGGAGGAGAGACCUACCCAAGCUAUUACCACCCCUGACCAGGGCACCUCUGCCCCCUCAGCCUUCAAACCCAGCCUGAGACACCGCUCUCCGUCUCCUCAUAGAGCUCCUCCUACCUCCUCAGUACGAGCACCACCUUGCUCCUCACCAUUCAGGCUUAUUCCAGCACCUUCUCCCACUCCUGUAUGCCCAAACAACAUCUCCAAGGCUCUUUCCAGUUUAUCUCCGACUCCCCCUUUAACCAGGAAAGCCCCGUCUACCCCCUCUCCUGCAUCUUCCUCAUCAUCUGUAAGAGGCCCUCCCCCCUCCCCUACAUCAUCCUCUACCCUUCGCUCUCCCACAUGCUCCUCCCCCAUCACUUCUUCCUCCACAUUUACCAAAUCCUUAGCUGCCUCUUGUAUCAGUCAGUCCAUCAGUCAGAGUAUGGCAAAAGACAACACUGCCCGCAACAGCGUGAAUCAGAGUCCCUCCUUACCUUCCUCUCACUUACGACGGCGUUCCCCUUCUCCCAAACCUCCUUCCAGCACACCUGCUUGCGCUCAGUUAGGAUGUUCCAAGGAUGGGUACCAACAUCCAAGAUGCACACCGUCCACUCUCCGGACCUCUUGCACUUCCCCGUCCCUCAUGCCAUCUUCUCCUCCCUCUCUUUCCCAACGCUCUCCAAGUCCAUCCCAUUACCAGCUGGCCUAUGCUUCAUCCUCUUCACCACGUCCCUCAUUCCUUCACAGCAAAACUGGUUCUUCACAGAAUUCAAACAACAACAACAAUCACAGCACAGCAAUCAGUCAAGUGGGCUGCAGCUUUAACAGUGCUCUCAGUAAUGGAGGUUGGUUGGUAAGUCCACAGACGGAGACAUUCUCUAAUGGGAGCAGUAAAGCCCCGGUAAAGCAACAAUCCCAAGAUUCUCUCUGGUCAGGAUCACACAACCGUGUAGCCCGGCCUUUCUCCGCAUCCGAACCCAACUCACGAGUUCAGUCCCCAUCUCCCUCUCCAGCUUCAUUCAUUCACCUCUGCUCUCCACCUCCACAGCACAAUUUCUCCUCCCCCAUGGCAAAUAAACCGCCCCAUCCCCGGAGCUCGAGGGUAGGAAGUGCAAGUUCCCAUAACCCAUUAGGUCUAACUUUGGAGCUACCCACCACCUCUUCCAUGAGUUCUUCAUAUCCGAGCCCGCGGAUCCUCUCCCCACCUCCUAUCGGUGUGUCAGUGAAUGUUUGGGCAAAUAAUGUUGCGACACCUCAGCCUAGAAACGCUAGAUAUGUUUCCUCUUCUGCCUCUCCUUCUCUUUCAUCAACAUUGGCGUCUUUCCCAACUUCUUCUUCGUCCUCCUUUGUCCCACAGAAUGGUUUCAAAGGAUCUUCCCCUUCUGGACCCUGCCCUACCACCUCCCUAAGCCUCCGCAGGUCUUUCUCCUCCAGCCUGGCCGACAGACCUUCCAGCCCAGCCCGGCUCAACGCUGCUGCCCAGCGACGUUCCUGGGCAGACGGCAGCCGAAGGUCCCUAGGUUUCAGUGGAAAUGCCCAUCCUUCUUUUGGCCAACACGAGUCCUGUCCGGUCAGUCCAAGGAGUGGAUGGUCCUCUUACAGCAGCUCACCCACAUGCCUCAGCCCUGAAAAUGGGCUUCAGUCCCCACCCUCAUCCAGCAAGUUUUCCCCAGGGAACAGCACCGGGGGUGGGCAGCAUUUUACCAGCGUGCCCUGGCCAGAUGUGCGAGAGCUUUCAAACAAAUACAAUGGAACGGAUAUCCCGGAUACAGGCGAUACUUGCACCAUCAGUGCCUCGUCUCCUACCCCUGUGUCCUCCACUUCUUCAUCAGACAGGCAGAUAGACUGGGAAGAUCCCGAGUUACAGGAGGGAAACUGUCGGAGCCAGCUGAUCUGCGCCUACCUUAGCCGACCCUCCGGUGAGCAAAACCUCACCUCCUCAAGUCUGACUCUCUCCACCUCAGGAAUGACCUCUCCUCCACCUGCCCCCUACCAACACCACCAAUUCCACAUCAAACCACCGCCUCAAGUUCAAAUCUAUACCACAGCACCUCCUGUGUCCUCAGUCUCUUCUCCCCUGCCCUCAACAGCAUCACCACUACCCUUUCCACCUUCAUCUCCUACCAAACAGGGCAACCACAAGGCCAGUUAUGCCACCACAGUCAACCUACAAAUUGCUGGAAGUGGCCGAAUAACCUCCUUCAGCACGGCCCAAGUUAGCCUAACCCAAACCCUGCAGGGUGGAGCAGGAGCUGGAGUAGCAGCACAGGGGCAGAUGGUGAGGAGAGUAAGCAUCAACGGACUCUCACAGCUUCCUUCAGCUCUUCCUCAGAACUGUAACAGGAUAUAAAGCAGUGAGAUUAGUCUUUCAUUCAUGGAGCCAGAAGGGAAAAUAUGUGCAAAGGACACAGCGGACGUGGUUGUGUUUCUCAUGAAUGGUCCUCAGAGUCGCAUCGCCGUGUAAGAUAGAUGUUUUAUAUGUGCAGUCUUCACAUGUCGCAGCAAACAAAACAAGUUUUUCAUCGUCUGUUAUAAAAGAUGGACGUAGCCACGGUGACGUCACAGGUUAUGAAACAGGAAGUGGUGAGCGAGGGGUGGGCCUGAAACAGCCCUCAGUCAAAACGUUAACCCACCACGAAGCACUGUCAUCUUUAGCCUCCUUUCCUGACUCUGAUGGGACCAAAAUUUCCACAACUCAUAACUGAAGGUUCAUCAGGAAAUUGAGUCCAUCUUUUAUAUGGGCCUCACAUUUUUAUCUGACUUUGAACACAUGCUGAUGGAGCUGUUUGCAGAAAGGUCAGAAUAUGGUGCAGAAUAAAGGACUUUGUAAGUAACGCUGUUCCUAUGUGAUAUCCCCCCCCCCCCGUCCACAGCUGGAUGUGAUGGAUUAUGACCUCCUAAAGGUUGGAAGAUUGCUUUGAUCAGUCCUGGACUACCUGUGGAUGCAUUUGAGACUUUUUUUUGAAAAAGACUUUCAAACUUUUAGCAUUUAUUGAGCUGGAGUACAUCUCUGCAAACAGAUGUUUUGAAGGUCCAACUAUGCUGUAUCCAAUCAUGUGUAUUAUUUUUAUGAUCUUUUCUCUUUUAUAUAUAUAUAUAUAUAUAUAUAUAUAUAUAUAUAUAUAUACAUAUAUAUAUUCUGUUGGACGAACAUCCAUAUGCGGCUGUCUGAGGCCAGUGUUAAAAGUUGGUGAUAACUGUGGUUAAUGAUCCAUCUCUUUUUUUAAUCCUUUUUCCUUCUUUUUUAUCUUAUUGUUUAUUUAUGAAGUUAGUCUUAUUUUCUUUGGCACUUAAUAUCCUUAAAGUAAUUUUGGUAUUUUUGCACAGUGUCUUCAGCUCUUGGGUGCAUGCAUUGAGUGUGUGUAUGCGUGUGUACGUUUGACAUGACGUGUCUGGUAAAGUUUUACUUUUAACUUCAGACCAAGCUGAUAUCUGUGUUUUUGUUGAACGUGGUACUCACUCUGCUGAUACCAGUGCCGUCCAGAAACCUUCUCCAGAAAACUCAUGAACUCCAGAGGUUGCCAAGAUGGAUACUGGAGCAUUAGCAGACUUGGGUCACUCCUCAGUUUGGACAAACAUACAUAUUUUCACUGAGAUUUUUUUUUUCAGUACACUUUUAUUUAUAUAAUUCCAAGACACGACAGUUGCUUCAAACUGCUUUAUAUUGUAGGGUAAAAACCUUACAAUAUUAUAAAGAAAGCCUAGGCUUACUUGUUGUUCCUAGAGUAUUUAAAAGUAGAAUGGGAGGCAGAGCCUUCAGUUUUCAGGCCCCUCUUCUGUGGAACCAGCUUCCAGUUUGGAUUCAGGAGACAGACACUAUCUCUACUUUUAAGAUUAGGCUUCAAACUUUCCUUUUUGCUAAAGCAUAUAGUUAGGGCUGGACCAGGUGACCCUGAAUCCUCCCUUAGUUAUGCUGCAAUAGACGUAGGCUGCUGGGGGAUUCCCAUGAUGCACUGGGUUUUUCCUUUUCAGUCACGUUUCUCACUCAACAUGUGUUAACAGACCUCUCUGCAUUGAAUCACACUUUUUCUCUGUAUGUAUUAUUGUAGGGUCUACCUUACAAUAGAAAGCACCUUGAGGCCACUGUUGCUGUGAUUUGGUGCUAUAUAACUAAAAUUGAAUUGAAUUGAAAAACUCUCUUUUAACAGGAAGAAACAUCCAGUAAAACCAGGCUCAGGUAGGGACGGCCAGCAGCCUACAUCCGCAUAUCUAAGGGAGAAUUUAAAUUUUGUCUCCUGUUAAAGCAAAACACACUGUUCGAGUUUUGCAGCUUAGUCAAUACUUCAAAGAACAGGAAGGGAAGAAAUAUGACAUUACCAGUUGGCAAAUGUUUGCAGACAGGUUGGCAUCCUCGUAACCUACUUGCAACUGACGCAACAUGCAAUAGCAAAAGGGGGUUUUGGUGUGGCUCAAUUUCAUGAUACCAGCUGCUAGCAGCUGCCCACAGCCACCUGCAGCUGGUCAGAGAACACAAAGCCUUAGCUGAUGUAAUUCCCUGAUGAUUUCACUAGCACUGCUUGGAGUUGAAGGUUUUUUCUUUUACAGUUACAUUAUUAUAUCUUGAAAAAUUGGUUAUUAAAAGAAUCAAAAAUAUGAAACUAAUGCAUGUUUAAAAACAUAAUAAAACACUGAAUGAGUUGUGAGGUUUCUGCAGGGCACUGGUGACAAUCUGCAGGGACCAGAAACUUGCUGGUAACUGGUAAAAAAGGGAAUUUUAACUAAAUCUUCUUCCAGUAAACCUGAGACAGUUUGAGAAAUACAGGAAAUAAAAGUGUGAGUUUUAAA